CCCCACGGGGUGUCAGCUAGUCAGGUCGACCCACCUAAUGAUCACAGGUACAACAAAGCAGGACUGAUCAUCGACCCAGAAACAGUACCCAUCAGUGAAGCGACCAACGUAGACUCUCCACGGAUUAUUAUUUUUUUUGGAGGGGGUUUGUCCACAAUGGAAGAGCAGUUUUUUAAAUCAGCCUUACCUGCUCAGGGCUCGUUCGUGCUGGACUACACCAGUCUGGCUCUGCCGGCCGAGCUCACUUCAGGAUCCUUGAAGACAGUGAGUUCAAACGACCGCAGUCUGCGUGUUCACCACCAGGUUCAGCUCACACUGGCACAGAGAGCGAGAAAGGCUGCGUCAAAUGGCAGUGUCCAUUUACAGAAAAACAUGGCAAAGAGCUUUGAUGCUACCAAUGGACUUUUACCAAACAUGAAGGUAAAUGGAUUGGGCCUCACCCACCGCUCUCUAUCAAGCAACUGUGUUCGGGGACCAUCCAGGAGGGUGGAAGUGUCUCCACCGUCGAGCCCAGAGUUCCCACGCUUUCGCUUCAAUCAUAGGCCCUCCCACUAUGGGAUGUACACUCAUCCAGGACCCAGUCAUACACACAGGGGGGGCAAUGUGCUGGACUUCUCACUUGGUUCUGAUUCAUUUCGCCGCUAUGCCAUCUCAGAGGUGCCCUGUGGCACGCGGCCGCUCACAUCCACAUCUGCCCGCGGGAGCGUCCGCCAGAGGUCACUCAGACAGACAGCAGCACCGCAGCCUGUGAUUGCGAACUCAACGUUUCAGCAAAGUGGUGAAUAUGGCUCCCGCUGGAGUCAUAACCAAUCUAUCGGCAAACAGCAGAAACACACUGUGCAGGGACAAUGUGGUGAUAACAUGUUUGGUGCUGCCGCGCCCGAGGAUGGCUUGUCCUGGUUUGCUCAGGUCAGGAGGGAUGGGCACAACAGACUGAAUUCCUACCCUCCCUCGGUCACCAGCGUGGAGGUGGACAUGGGGAGGCAGACAGAAGUAGAACUCCCAAUUCAGCAGAUACAUGCUCAGAAUGUCAGGACACUGCAGUCAGGGGAGAAGCGGCCAGAGAUGACGUUAGAGAGGGCUGUGAACCUGCUGACCCACGAUAAUGAGGACACGCUGAUCUCUGCAGCCAGCCACGUACAGAAUCAAUGUCAUAAGAGUGCUGAUGCUAAAAAGAUGGUGUACUAUCUCCGUGGGAUUGCAAAGCUCCUGCAUCUCCUGUGCAAUGACAAUGAAGAGGUGCAAUGUGUCGCCGCCGGGGCUCUACGCAAUGUUGUUUACCAGAGCAGCGAAAACAAGAUGGAGGUGAAGGAAAACGAUGGCCUGGCCACCAUUUUGCAAACCCUGAAGAGCAGCCGUAAUCUGGAGGCAAGAAGAGAACUUACUGGUCUUUUGUGGAACCUCUCCUCUCAUGACCUUUUGAAGGAGUGUCUCUCCAGAGAGGUCUUAUUGGUCCUCACCCAGUCAGUUCUGGUCCCCAGUUCGGGUCUUUCUGAAGGCGAGAACCCAAAACACGAGCUGCUAGCUGAUGCUGAGGCUUUCCACAAUGCCACCGGCUGCCUGCGAAAUCUGAGCUCUGCCGGUCCAGAUGGCAGGAAAGCAAUGAGGGAGUGUGAGAACUUUAUUGACUCUCUGGUCUACUACAUCCGCGGAGCCAUAGCUGACUAUAAGACCGAUGACAAGUCCACAGAGAACUGCAUCUGCAUCCUUCACAACCUGUCUUAUCAGAUCGAAGCAGAGCUUCCUAAGAAGUACACCUUAGAUCUUCGAGAAUCUCUACAAAACUUGGCUCCCAAGCAGAAGGCUGUUGGCUGCUUUGCGUAUCGCAGUGCCAAGAUCCCAGAGCAUCUGAAGCGACAGUGCCCCCUGCUGGAGGAGAAGGCCAACCCCCGAGGCAUAGAGUGGCUGUGGAGCACCAUCACUAUCCGCAUGUACUUGUCACUGAUGGCCCGCAGUGUGCGUCACUACACCCAGGAGGCGGCCAUCGGAGCCCUGCAGAACAUCACAGCUGGGAACGGAGCGGUGACUGAAGCCAUUGCCUUCACUAUUGUCCAACGGGAGAAUGGCCUUCAGCAUGUCAGGAAGAUGUUAGAUGAGGGAGAGAGUAAUGUGAAGAGGACGGCCAUAUCUCUAAUAAAAAACCUCUCGCGCUACCAGGAACUGCACCCUGACAUCGUGAAGCAGGUGUUGCCAGAGUUGGUUGGGAUGCUGCCAAACGACGACACCGCCACCGACCUGCCUACCGAGGUGACGGCUUCUCUGUGUCACACCCUGAAUAACCUGAGUCAGACUGACACGCAACACGUCAAAGCCAUCGUCAACCAGGGAGCCCUCCAAAAGAUCAUCAACAUCAGCAGCAAGGACAAUGGUUAUGGACCAACCAGAGCGGGUCAGGCAGCAUGCGUCUUGUUGCACACCGUGUGGAAACACAGUGAUCUCCAUGGGGCCUACAAGAAGUGUGGCUACAGAAAAACUGAUUUCAUUAAUGCGAGGACAACAAAGGCUGUGAACUCCAGAUGAGACUGAACCCAAUAUCUAUAACUAACUCAAUAUGCACCUGUUUACAAUAACGGCAUCAAUCAACAAUCAACAACACUCUUCUUCCUGUAAUGGACCGCCUGUGUUUUUUUUCAAUGCUGCAAAUUUGAUGAACUGUUAAAUCAAUAAAUGUUUAUAAAAUGUGUUUUUGAAUGAACUGCCUACUGUAACACACAUGAACAACAAGCUGAUUUAUUGCUGUCUGACUUGAUUUGAUUCCUCAGAUGAAUAAACCGUUUUGAAUG